GUCUUUCUUCCUCCGUGCUGCUCUCGUCUUUCCCCAACUUUGGGCUAUCCUGGGUUCGGCUUUCCUCCUGUAUCUUCGUUUUCAUAUUCCAAAACUCUUGAUCUGCUGCUGCGGAUUAACUGUUCCGACUAUAGUAGCCACUAUGAGCGAAUAAAUAUCAUUGGACCAACGCGAGAAGAGCAUAAAGGGGAGGGGGAAUAGAGAGAGAGAGAAAGGGAGAGAGAGAGGAAGACCGUUGAGGCCUUCUCCCCCGGAACCCAGUAUCGCCAGUUGUCAGUCGUAUCUGAUUUUUCUUCGCGGCGACCACAGGAUCCUCUCUCUGGACUAGGGUUCCGGAAAAGGAGGUCAGCUCCUUUCUACCAGUUGCUUAUUAUUGUGACUGCUUCUAGCCAUGGUAUGUUGAUGUAUGACUAGGUGAUGAAGGACUUGGCUGAGAGAACUGUGGGUCCAAAGAUUCCUGCAGGAAAUUCAGUUGAUUCCAAAUAUAAGCAUCCAGCAACUGUUAGUUCAGACCAGAAAUCUGACAACACCAACUCUUCUAAGGCUUCCUUGUGGUCAAGUUUUUUUGUGUCUACUAUCUCAUUGUUUGAAACAUACAACGAAUCAUCUGUUCGUGAAAAGAGAGCAUUUAAUACCAGAACAUAUGGAUGGGCAAAUGCUUUGAAGAGAGUUGUGACUGGUAGCUCAAUGAAGAGACUUCAAGAGCGGAUACUAGGGCCAAGCAAGACCUUUUUUUCCAGCUCAACUAGUGAAAUAUGGCUUUUAGGUGUAUGUUAUAAAACUUCAAAAGAAAUUUCCUCCAGUGAUGCAGUUCAUGACAAUGGACUAGAUGCAUUUGAAAAGGAUUUCUCAUCAAAAAUUCGGAUGACAUAUCGGAAAGGUUUUGAUGUUAUUGGUGAUUCAAGAUUCACUAGUGAUGUCAAUUGGGGUUGUAUGCUUAGAAGCAGUCAGAUGCUAGUUGCCCAGGCAUUGCUCUUUCAUCGUCUGGGGAGGUCUUGGAGAAAGCCCUCGCAAAGGCAAUUUGAUCAGGAAUAUAUUGAAAUCUUGCAUCUGUUUGGUGAUUCUGAGGCAUCUCCCUUCUCCAUACACAAUCUUCUUCAAGCCGGAAAAGCCUAUGGCCUUGCUGCUGGUUCGUGGGUUGGUCCAUAUGCAACGUGUCGCUCAUGGGAAACUCUUGCUCGCUCCAAGAUACAGCAGAUUAACAUUGGAAGGGACAACCAGUCACUGUCAAUGGCUAUUUAUGUUGUUUCUGGUGAUGAAGAUGGGGAACGAGGUGGAGCACCAGUUGUCUGUAUUGAAGACGCUGCUAGACUUUGUUCUGAGUUUUCCAAGGGUCAACUAGAUUGGGCACCUAUUAUUCUAUUGGUUCCUUUGGUCCUUGGACUAGACAAAGUAAAUCCCAGGUAUAUUCCAUUGUUGUGGACCACAUUCACCUUUCCUCAAAGCCUUGGCAUCAUAGGUGGGAAACCUGGGGCUUCAACAUAUAUUGUCGGUAUGCAAGAUGACAAAGCAUUCUAUCUUGAUCCUCACGAAGUUCAACCGGUGGUUGAUAUUAGGGAGGAGAACCUUGAGGCUGAUACUUCAUCCUACCAUUGCAGUGUCAUACGGCAAUUUCCCCUAGAUAUGAUUGAUCCCUCCUUGGCUAUUGGUUUCUAUUGCCGAGACAAAGGUGAUUUUGAUGAUUUUUGUGUUCGAGCUACCAAACUUGCAGCUGAAUCGAAUGGUGCGCCAUUGUUUACUGUUGCUCAGUCCGUUAAGCUUCCAAAGACAAUGAACCCUGAUGCCAUGGUCAAUGCACUUGGUGACACUGGUGGAACAGGAGGGGAUAAUUUCUUUGACGAGGAGAACAUGAGUGAUUCAGUGGCCCAACCACCUGAGGAUGACUGGCAACUCCUUUAAUGAAACCUAGAUAUUGGGUUUCCUGUCCAUGUUGGGUAAAAAGACUUGGCUUUUGCAUACUACCAGGAUAUGAUUAUCCUCCUUUUAGUUGUAUUUCUUAUAUAACGCUGGGCUCUGCUAAGUUUAACUUUGUACAUAUGAAGGGCUAUAUUAUUUUUUUUCCCCCAUAAUUUAUUGAUUGAAAUGAUUGAUUUUUUU